AUGAGAGCCUUCUUGCAGUCCAUCAUGCCGGCGCCGGUCUCCUCCCGGAGCUGCUUGACCAAAGCCGCCGAUAUCGCCACCGCCGGAGGUCUGCACCCAAAAAAAAAAAAAAAAAAAAAAAAACCAUAUUUAGUAUCACACUUAACUCGACAUCAAUCAACCAUAUUAAUCAUGUUGUAUCAGACUGGGGCCCCCAAGUUGCAUACUUGUCCGCAGCUGCUUCCUUGGCUUCGAGGGGCUCCUCCUUCUUCGCUGGGGCCUCCACUGGUUUCGCCGCAGUCUGGGCUGCUACCUCCGCCGCAAAGUCCUGGCUUUUCUUCUCCAGGCCUUCGCCGAGGUUGAACCGGACGAACCUCCUCACCUUGAUGUUCUCCCCAACAGUGGCGAUGGUCUGCUUCACCAAGUCCUUGACGACGACCUUGUCGUUCUUGAUAUAUGGCUGCUCGAGGAGGGCCAGCUCCUCCAGUCGCUUCCUUAUCCUGCCGUCCACGAUCUUCGAUCUGAACUGCUCGGGCUUCGACAGGAGGUCUUCCUUCUGCAUCUCGAUCUCCCUCUCCCUGUUGACCAUCUCCUCGGGGAUGUCCUCGGGGUUCAGGUACUCCACCUGUGGGCAGGCGGCGACCUGCAUGGCGAUGUCGUUGACCAGCUCUUUGAAUAUGCUGCCCCUCGAGACGAAGUCCGUCUCGCAGUUGACUUCUAAGAGGACUCCGAUCCGGCUGUCGUGGAUGUAGGAGGCGAUCCUUCCCUCUGCCGUGGCUCUGCUCGCCUUCUUGUCGGCGCUCGCGAGGCCCUUCUUCCUCAGGAGCUCCUGGGCCUUGGCGAGGUCGCCGCCGGUCUCUGUCAGAGCCUUCUUGCAGUCCAUCAUCCCUGCUCCGGUCUCAUCACGGAGCUGCUUCACAAGAGAUGAGGAGAUGGCAGCUGCAGUUCGGCAGACACCAAGAAGAAGAUGAUUACAGCAAUAGAAUUGAUCUAGUGCUUAGUUGUUAAUGAUAUGAAAAGGGACAAGGUAUUUUCUGGGCAAAGUUGCCCUUUCUCCCACAAGAAAAUGUCAAAUCAGUAGCUGGAUUUCAAUUCAGACAAUAAUUCAAACACCUAGCAACACUCUGACAGCUUCCACGGCAUUGGACAGAAGGAAGAUGCGAAAAAAAAAAAAGAAAAAAAAAAGGUUGGAAUGUAAUAUUUUUCCGCCCAAAUUUGCAAGCAGAAAAAUAAUUGAAGCAACUGGUUCAUGAUUUAUGUUCAUUUACUUGCUGAGAGGAAAUGAGAAUAAGAUAGAAAUCAUCACUGGUGAUCACUGAGAAACAAUCAAACUUAAGGUCAGAGUUUAGUUUUCCUCUCGCAAAAUCGAAUUCAAAAAUUAGAAAAGAAAGGGCGUGACUUCUGAUGAUGUCUUCAACCCUUUAGAGGAGGAACUCUCACAGGGGGGGCUACAAUAGUCAUGUGCUUGAGGAGGCAGUAGCAUUUGGGUAAAAGAGAUCAGCCGCUGGUUGCAUCUUUCGAAGCAGAUGCCAUCAAGUAAUGAUCAGACAGGGAUCACUCUCUCACCUGGUGAGGCACCAGCAGAACUCCUUGCAGUUUCCUCCACAGGUGGGGCAUCUGAUGAUGCAGUUUGCCCCGAGUCAGCCCCUUCGGCAGAAGGACCAUCUGCUGCAGAUUCUGCAGCAGAUGAAGAUUCCUCUGCAACCUGUUCUUCAGGGCUCUCCUCAGCUUCUGUCACGGCUGCAGCCACAGAGUUAGUUUCGUUCACUUCAUCUGCAGCAGCCCCGUCUGAAGAUCCCUCAUCCUGGAGGACAGAAUCUUCAGGUUCUUCUUCGGCAACAGCUUUGUUUUCAGUAAUGGGUUCACUUGCAUCCUCAGAGACUGGACUUUCUACGCUGGUCUCCUCGUCUGAAGGGGUUUCAAGAGAAGACCCAGUCUCUGAUGACGAACUAGAAACAUCAUUCUCAGAUGAAACUGGAUCCACUUCAGCUUCUUCCUCAGACUUCUCCUCAGUGGAGGUCGAAGCUGCAGGAACCACAGAUUCUGCUGGGGUUUCAGUGACUGCUUCUUCGACGUUUUCCAGAGUCUCUGAUACGGCCACUGGUUCAGGAGAUUUCUUCAGCUUCUCCCUGUCGUCCAGAAAUAAUGCGAUGUCUUUGUUCUUACGGAAUGCCAACUCAAAAGGGUUGCUCGCUGCAUACACCACCCCCUUAUUGAGUAUCUUGUUUAACUCCGCAAGGUCCUCUUCCUUUUUCAUUGUCAAGGUCACCUGUCCCCUUGUAAUCCGCAGGACCCGGACAUUGACUUCCUGA